AUGGCGUCUGACUCGUCUACAUCGACGACGCCCGCGCUCUUGACGCCUGAUUCUACUGGAGGUGGCAUGUCCCUCCCAGUAGACCAAUCAGUGAAGAAAGCUCGUCGGCAGACCGCAUUCUACCCAAACAUGAACGCCUCGAAUAAGCCGCAGAAACCAUUUAGCAGGAGCGCUGCGAAGCGCGAGAGUGUUAUGGCGUUGGGCAGCAUCGAGCACCUGCAGCACUACUUCACGAAGACCGGCAUUGCUGCCAAACAGAGCAAUUUAGACAAGCCUAGGGCUGGGUUGGUGCCAGCGAUCGGUGGCUUAGCGAACAUCAGUGUGGUGGACACUGACGCUCCUCCAAUGCAAUUGCCACCGUCCCCCGCUAUCCCUAAUGUGCCGCGGUUAACGUUCCCACCCUCACAGAAGCCAGCAGAGAUAGACCCGGAGUCUUUGCUGCCCGGCGUAAUCCGCGAUCUCCAAGCAGUUGUCGAAGCAUGGUCGAUCGGACCUCCAUCCUCGUCCCCCAAUCUUACAGCCGCCGAAUCUUCCGCCGAAGUAGACGUCCUUAAUCUACUUCAAAUCACAACGCAAACAAUUCGAUCGUCACGCAACUACGUUCUAUCUCUUCCCGAUGAAUCUGCGGGUACUAUACGAGCUCAAUUCCGUGCGCGAACGUUAGGUCCUGGGAGAAUCAGACCGACACCGAACAGACCUGCGGCAUCCUCCUCACAGCCUGAUCCGCUCACGCUGAUUAGGCGCUCGGCGUUGGAGGUGCUUAGCGUGUUGCGGGAGCUGGAAGAGCGGGCUAGGGUGCCACUUAGCGACGAGGCGUACGACGCGCAAAGUGAUGGCGGUGGAGGCAGCCUUGGGACUGAUCCUGCCCCAUCACGAGUGGCUAGUCCUGUAGCAUUGGCCACCGAUGACGAUGACGGACAUCCUCAUGUUGGCGACACCUCAGUGACCUUCUCCCUGGUCCAAGUUCAAGGACGAUAUGAAUCAGUGCCCGUAUGGGAGGAUGAAGAAGAUCUUUCAUUAUUCCCAGAAGAAGACGUAGCCGAGAAAAAGGAACGAUGGGAUGAGCGUCUCGUUCUUGGCGGAGGUUGGUUGUACAAACCAGACAUCACGAUGGGCGAACUGGAGAAGGAAAGGACGGCUGUCAGGGCGUAUGUGGAUGUUGUUGAUAAUGUUUUGUUUGAAGGCGAGAAAGAGGGGAGCAAUGAACGUGGUUGGGAGCGAAGGGCGGCGAAGAAGAUUAGGUCUCGGUCGAAAGGGCGGAGAAGAGUCAGUGCCGGUGAUGGGGAUAGCGGUGGGAGGGGAGGGAUGACUAGGAGCUUGUUGUCAUCGGAUGACAUAGGCGGUGGGAGGAGGAGAGUGUCCACGGGAAUGGUCGAUGCCUUGGGAGGGUUGUCCCUGACAGAGGAAGGAGAAGAAGCGAGCGAGGGCGAUGCUAAUGAAGGGACACCACAACCACAGCAUCUGGAAGACGAAGAUCUCCCAUCUUGGGCCCGACGCAAAGAAUUCGUGGGCGAUAACUUAGGGCGCGCCCGUGCUAUGCUAUUAUCCUCCCUGCCUUCGACAUUGCAUUACGCGUUAGGUUCAGCUUCUCUAUCCAGGGCAGACCUGCUCAACGUCCUCUCAUCCGGCCAACUCCUCUGCAUCGCAUAUAACACACGUGUUCGUAAAUCAAGGCAGCCAUGGGGGUAUAUCGACCAUAACGCCAUACACGAUAUCUUGGAACUCGAGCGGGCUGGCGAAGGGGGAAGUGGUGGUGGUGGUGGUGGCGGCGGCGAAGGGGGUGAAGGUAUGAAGAAAGGGUGGACAUUCAGACGCACGGAUAAUCUGAUUUUGUGGGCUGGGGCUUUAAAACUACGAUACCUACUCCCAAUACAUAUCCCACCAGCCCACUCCCGUCAUUCCAACGCUCACAAACCCCUCCCAGCCAUCCCGAAACCCUCUUCAACCUCGUCGACACCAAGUCACCCUCCCGUUGCCCCGCUAACUUUCGACCCUAAGCUCAUCGCACGCAAGGAAGAAGGCUGGGAGAAUAUGCUCGAAGCAGUCUUGGAUCGAUGGAUCGAGGCGAUUGUUGAGGAACGGAGGAAUAACGUUGAAUGGAUGAGAGAGUAG